AUGUACAAAGUGGACUUGCCUAUAGACCAUUCCAUCGAAAAGGCUGUGGAGAGGCGAAGAUCUGCAGAGACAGCACGCAAGGCCCGAGUCUUCAACACCCGGCUACGUGUGAUGGGCCUGGACGUUGAUGCGCUCAACCAACAAGUCCAGGAGAAAAAACAUAAACAAAACAUGGAGGGACAACGAGAUAAAGCUUUCGAUAAGCUGAGAAAUCUUCACGAUGAGAUGCUGCUGCAGCAAGACAUUGAUGAAAAAGAGAAGCGAGCAGCUUUGCACACAGACCUGGCCCAGUACUGGGCCACUCAUCAGCGUGUGGAGGACUCUCGUGAUGCUGAUCUCAAGUGUGGCCUGAAGGGGGCAUUCAUGAUCACCAUUCCAGAGGGUGAGCUGGGGCCUGCCAGUAUGCAAAUCUUUCAGGGAGAGGGUAUUGGAGAGGAACAAAGGAAGAGAGAACAAGUGAAAAAGACAGAGAGAGACCUGCGAGCACAGACGGAGGACAAAGCAAGACGGCACAUAGGAAACAAGCAUAGAGAGAUGCUUGUGAGCAGGGAGCUGAUGUAUCAGGACCUAAAAGGGGUUCAGCAAGCGACACUAGAGGAGGAGUGUAAGAAAGCUGCCCGCAUCGCUCUCGACAACUACAAUCAAGCUCUGGCUGCACAGCGGGCAGAGAAACUGAAGGAGCAGCAAAGGAGAGAGGAAAGAGAGAAUCUUGCAGAGAUGUGGCACACACUGGCAUCUGACAUGAUGACAGAAUGUGCAGAAGCAGCAGAGAGAGAAGUGGGAGGAGGGAAGCCACCCCGGGUUCUGACUGACAGGUGGAAGGGGAUGAGCCCUGAGCAGCUGAGCGCCAUCCAUGGGGAGAGAGAGGCACAGUGCCUUGAGAGACAGAGACAACGUGCUUCUGAGAAGAUUCAGGAUGCAGCGUGGGACCUUCAGCUCCUGAAGCUGUCCAGAGAAUCAGAGGAGGAGGAGAAGAGAGCAGCAGAGCUGAGGAGACAGAAGAGGAUCCAGAUGGACCAGCACAACCUGCAGCUGGCCAGAGAUCAGCAGGCAUACCAGGAGUACCUGAACAAGAAGCUAUACACCAACAAACCCACCAGGGACUACUUUUAUCAAUUCAGCACCAACUCCCGCUGACCAUCUCACACCUUGCCCAGGCUUGUCUUCCU